AUGGCGGUCGCAAGGGAUAACCCACCACAUUUCCAAGAACACUCACUAGCUUUCUUCCAGGACCUGGCCCCCUUUACCCUGCAAAAGUGCAGGACCCUGAAAGGCCUCACCAUGGCUCUCACCACCAAGGGACUGCGCUACAUGUGGGGAUACUCCUUGAAGCUG